AUGACAGAUGGAAUGCUGCGCUCGCCGACCUUCUUGGUCGGAGCAGAAAGGCAAAGGAAGAACUUGGACGAGUUCAAGCGCCGGGAGCAGCAGCUGGCAGAGGCGUACCACAAGAACAAGCCGCUGUGCUUCAACGCCUGCUCUUACCAGAAGACGCAUCCCGUGAAAGCCCAGAAGGGGCACAAGGAUGCGGAUGCCUGCUUGACAGUGCCUCUCGUACUCGGAGUUGCCGAUGGCGUAUCGCAAAUCGAGGACUUUGGCAUAGAUGCAUCGAUGCUGCCGAACGAGCUGCUUCAGGCAGCUGUGCGGCUCCAUCGUAGCUUCCACGACGAUGAUGUGAGACCAGAUAUCGAUGAGAAAGAUGAACAGUAUGAUGAGCAUGAUAAUUAG